AUGGAAAUGGAGUCUCAAAGCGGCGGCGAGAAACCGGCCGGCGUCUUUGGCCGUGCAUGGCGGCGGGUUAAGGCCUUGCCGGAGGGUUUGCUUGCCAAGGUGGUUGAUAUUGCUAGGCAAACCAGAGAUGUUGCGACAGAUGAUCCUAGGAGAGUUGUUCACUCCUUAAAAGCUGGUCUUGCACUUACUUUGGUCUCCUUGUUGUAUUACCUUCAUCCACUUUACCAUAACUUUGGUGUUUCCACAAUGUGGGCUGUCAUGACUGUCGUUGUCGUCUUCGAAUUUACUGUUGGUGCAACACUUGGAAAGGGUUUGAAUAGGGCACUUGCAACAUUGCUAGCUUGUGCUCUAGGGGUUGGAGCACACUAUUUGGCUAGUACAACUGGGAAAAUCUGUGAACCACUUUUGCUAGGGUUCUUUGUAUUUGUCCAAGCUGUGGCAUCAACCUUCAUAAGAUUUUUCCCAGCAGUGAAGGCGAGAUAUGACUAUGGAUUGCUCAUCUUCAUCCUCACAUUCUGCCUGGUUUCCAUUUCUGGUUUCCGAACUCAUGAAAUCUUGGAGUUGGCUCACAAGAGGUUUUCCACCAUAGCCAUUGGAGCUUCUGUUUGUGUCAUUGUCUCCAUUUUUGUUUGCCCUGUCUGGGCUGGGGAAGAUCUUCACCGACUAGUAGCUACAAACUUGGAAAUUCUUGCCAAUUUCUUGGAAGGAUUUGGAGCUGAGUAUUUUAAAUCAUCAGAAGAGGAAGAGUCGUCCAAGGAGACUAAACCUUCCAUGGCUGGCUACAAAAGUGUUCUCAACUCUAAAACCACUGAAGAAGCUCUGGCAAAUUUUGCAAGAUGGGAACCUGGGCAUGGGCGGUUCAAGUUCCGGCAUCCAUGGAAACAAUACUUGAAAGUGGGAGCACUUAUUAGGCAGUGUGCCUGCAGGGUUGAAGCCCUCAAUGGCUAUCUCAACUCCAAAAUUCAAGGUCCGGGGGAGAUGAGGAGAAUAAUGAAGGGAACAUGCACGAAGAUGAGCAUGGAAUCCGGUAAGGCACUGAAAGAGCUAGCAUCAUCGCUGAGAAACAUGAACCACCCUUCCUCGGCGGCCAAGAAACACAUGGCGAACUCGAAAACCGCCGCCAAGAACCUUAAACUGCUCCUCAGCUCCAGCUUCUGGGAAGACGUGGACCUGCUGCAGGUCAUUCCGGUGGCGGCGGUCGCCUCAAUCCUCACGGAGAUUGUGGUCUGCGUAGAGAACAUAGCGGAGAGUGUGAGUGAGCUGGCGGCGUCGGCGCACUUUAAGGAUAAUGCAGCCGAGUCGCCGCCGGAGAGUAGUAGUAGUAGUGCUUCCGAUUCCGACCAUGUUGUUAUUGAGGUUGGGGAGAUGGCGGCUCCGGCGGCUGAGGCUAACCAAAGCAGGUGUUUGUAAAUUGUACAAAGUUUUGGACUGAUUUAUAAAUACUUGGAAUACUAUAUU